CCCCCUGCGCACCGCACUGCUCGGCUCCUCUCUCUUCACGGGUUGACUGCUGGGGACCGGUCACCAUGUCUCGCCAGUCUUGUGGUCUUGGCAAGGGAUUCAGCUCCAGCUCCGCUUGCUUCGGGGGGAGGAACAAGGUCUCGUUCAGCUCUGUGUCCCGCGGAGGAUGCAGGGGACCUGGUAGCGCUGGUGGCUUCGGCAGCAGGAGCCUCUAUGGCUUGGGAGGGAGUAGGAGUAUCUCCCUGGGAGGGUUCGGUGGAGGCAGUGGUGUCUGCAGAGGGUUUGGGGCUGGUGGCCAAGGAGGCUUUGGCUACGGUGCUGGGGCAGGGUUUGGUGGCUGCUAUGGUGGUGGGACUGGAGGUGGCUUUGGUGGAGUCUUUGGUGGUGGUUUUGGUGGCUUUGGUGGAGGAUUUGAUGGUGGCUUUGGAGGUCAAGGCUUUCCCCCUUGCCCCCCGGGUGGCAUCAGGGAGGUGACCAUCAACCAGAGCCUGCUGGCCCCACUCAACCUUGAAAUUGACCCUGAGAUCCAGAAGGUGCGAACGCAAGAGCGGGAGGAGAUAAAGCAGCUCAACAACAAAUUUGCGUCCUUCAUUGACAAGGUCCGGUUCCUAGAGCAGCAGAACCGAAUCCUGGAGACCAAGUGGAAGCUCCUGCAGGAGCAGCGUGGCCCGGGGGCGGGGGGCAGGAACCUCGACGCUGUGUUUGAAACCUACAUCAGUGGGCUGAGGAAGCAGCUCGACUCCCUCUCCAGCGAGAAGCAGCAGCUGCAGUCAGAGCUGAAGAGCUUCCAGGACAUGGUGGAAGACUUCAAGACCAAGUACGAAGAGGAAAUAAACAAGAGGACAGCUGCGGAGAACGACUUUGUGCUCCUGAAAAAGGAUGUGGAUACAGCCUACCUGACCAAGGUGGACCUCCAGGCAAAAUUAGAUUCUCUGGCAGAUGAGAUUAACUUCUUGAAGUAUCUUUAUGACGUGGAGCUGUCUGAGAUGCAGAAGACUGUUUCCGACACCUCCGUGGUUCUCUCCAUGGACAAUAACCGAAACCUGGACCUGGACAGCAUCAUCGCAGAGGUCAAAGCCCAGUACGAGGAGAUUGCCAACCGGAGCCGACUGGAGGCUGAGUCCUGGUACCGCUGCAAGUAUGAAGAGCUGCAGGCUACUGCGGGCAAGCAUGGGGACAGCCUUAAGGACACAAAGAUUGAGAUCUCUGAGCUCAACCGCAUGAUCCAGAGGAUACGGGCUGAGAUCGAGAGUGUGAAGAAACAGUGUGAGACUCUGCAGACCUCUAUCGCCGAUGCUGAGCAGCGCGGGGAGGUGGCCCUCAAGGAUGCCAGGGACAAACUGACUGAGCUGGAGACAGCCCUGCAGAAGGCGAAGCAGGACAUGGCCCGGCAGCUGCGCGAGUACCAGGAGCUGAUGAACGUCAAGCUGGCCCUGGACGUCGAGAUCGCGACCUACAGGAAGCUGCUGGAGGGCGAGGAGAGCAGGAUGUCUGGAGAGUGCCAGAGCACCGUGAGCAUCUGUGUGGUGGGAGGUGGCAGCAGCUCCGUGGGAGGUGGAUACGGCAGUGGACUGUGCCUGGGAGGAGGAGGAAUCGGAGUCGGUGCUGGAAGUGGGAGAGGCAGUUGUAACAGUGCUGGGUUCUGCUACAGCCUGGGAGGUGGUGGACUGGGCUCCGGGGUAGGAUUUGGUGUGGGGGGAGGAUUCAGCUCCGGAGGGGCAGGAGGGUCUAACUCAGUGGUGGUGGGGUCUGGCACCACCCUGAAGAAGACUACCAGCUCUACAUCUGCCAGCCGGAGGGUCUAGGAGAGCAAGCUAUUUCCCCCAACCCCACACCCAAAGGAGAAAGAAAGCAAAUUUCAUGAUUGCCAUCCCCCUGUCGCCCUGUCCCCACUUCACUGCCAACGUGAUGGCCACCCAUUUCAUUUUAAACCACCGCCAUCCUUCAGGAACUGCGUGGACAAGCAAACCAGGGCUCUGCUCACCAGCCACUGACUGAGGUUCUCAACAGUGCUUGAGGACCACUCGCUCCCCAGAGACACUGCGAGGCUGCUGGUUAGCAGGGUGCUGAGGUGGGAGCAGGACCAGCCCCAUUGCUGGGGGCCCCCGGACGCAGCUGGGAUAAGGCUGUAAAGCAACACGGUCCAUGUGAGUGGCGUCCUACCUAUGGGCAGAGGGGACUGGUCCGUGUGCUGCUCAGGGAACUGGCAUCCCGUGGAGUCCACGGAAAGGCUCGACUUCUCUCAAGAUCUUGUGCUGGAACCAGACGUGGUGCAAUUUUAAUCGGUCCUGCUCAUCAGCCAGGGCUCGAACUCCAAAACAAGAAUUUCCUAAUGGUGACUAGUCCCAGCUGAAGACGUUUCUCA